UCACCCAAAUUAGAAAUUGAAUAAAAACAAACAAAACGCAAAGAACUAACUAACUAAUCAAUGUAGUUAAAUAGACAAAAAAAUUAAAUUCCAGUUAUUGAAAACAACUAGGAAGAGGUGGUGUAGAUGGCAAGCAGGCAGACAGACAGACUACAAUAACAAUAAGUGAAAACAUUUAGAAUAAAUGAAUGAACAAAAUUGUGUGAUGGCAAAAGUAAAACUAUUUAAAUGAUACAGAUACAUAAAUGGAGAACAAAAAACAACAACAAAGAAUGCAAACACAAAACAUUUAGUGUAAAAAAAACGACAAAGUAUUGAAAAACAAAUUGAUGAUGGGCUCGAACUGGCUCUAUUCUCAAUACAGUAUUAAGUAGUAUUGUCCACUACCCAAUGGGUAGAGUAUAGAAUAUAAAUGAAAAUUUCAAUAUGUAUAUUGAAAAAAACAAAGCGAAAAUCAACAGAGAAAUAAUUAAAUUUCAACCCAAUAACAAGCGUUAAUAAUACCCCACCCCACUAGCCUCCAGGUGUGCACACUCGCUCUUGCAUACUUUAAACGUAAAUUGUGCAAAUUUUUAUCCAAAUCCACAGAGCAACUGAAGCAGUGGCUGCAGAAAAACAUCAAACAAACUGUAUUGUUAUUUAAUGUUAUUGUUAUUUUUAUGUGUAUUUGGUGCUGGUCUUGUUGUUGCUGUUUUAGUUUCGUUAUGAUUGUUUAAUUCAAUUGCCGCAAUUGCCGUUUCAUUAAAAUAAGAAGACGACAUCAUACAAAAACCUGAAAUAAAAACCCAGCAAAAAUCACAUCAUUUAAUUCUACUGCUUGCUCUACUAGUAAAAGUUCGCAAUACUGCCGUCUAUGUGUAGCAGCUAGACUAGCAAUUGUUUGCAGCCCGUAUCAGUUUCAUUUGUCUCAUUAUGGUUAAAUCAUUGGUAUCCAAAUUAUCGUCUGCCUCUUCAACCUUAUCGAUUGCCAGUAGUUUUGGUAGCAGCCAUGGAAAACAUCAUCAUGAUAAUACGGCUGCCUCUUCUACAGCUUCCACCGCCAUCUCUGGGGAUAAUUAUUUAAAAUAUCGCAAUGAUCCGGGGCGUUUUUUCGGCGAUGGCGUGCAAUUCAAAGCCAAACUUAUUGGCAUCUUGGAGGUGGGCGAGGCACGUGGCGAUCGCAUGUGUCAAGAGGCCUUACAAGAUCUAAAAAUGGCAAUACGAGCCGCGGGCGAACACAAACAACGCAUCACCAUACACGUCACCAUCGAUGGCCUGCGCUUGAGAGAUGAGAAAACCGGCGAUUCACUUUAUCACCAUCCCGUACACAAGAUCUCAUUUAUAGCACAAGAUAUGACUGAUUCCCGUGCAUUUGGUUACAUAUUCGGUUCGCCCGACAGUGGUCAUCGUUUCUUUGGCAUUAAAACCGAUAAAGCUGCCUCUCAGGUGGUUUUAGCAAUGCGUGAUCUCUUCCAGGUGGUAUUUGAAUUGAAGAAAAAAGAAAUUGAAUUGGCACGCCAACAGAUACAGUCAAAAUCACUGCAUCAUCAUGAUGGCCAACAUCAAUUGUCCUCAUUGUCAUCGCUAAAGAGUGCUGCAGCGGCUGGGACGGCGGGCCAAAAUGAUCUGUCAGGGCUGGGAGGUUCAACAACAUCGGCUGCUACGCUUAGCAUGUUGAAUACCAUGGUUAGUAGUUCAACAAAUACACCAAAUACCAGUCGUUUGGGUGUUAAUUUGGAUUCUAAGGGAGCUUCCAAAGAGAUUUCUCCCGAGUCUGUGGCUGAUUUAGUAGAUUUAGAGCAAGAGCUUAGUUCUUUGCAAAGAGGUAUUACACAAAUGGAACGUAUUACACCCAAUGAUGCACAUUCUCAGCAAACCUCCACGUUGACCUCUAACGCUGCAAAAGCUACCACCACUCUGGUGGGAAGUGGUGCUGGCGGCGUUGGUGGUGGUGGUGGUGGCGGCAGUGAUGAUCCUUUUGGUGAUUCCUUUACUAGCUUUCCGACCUUACCACCUCCCGAGCCGGGACGUCUGCGUAGUAAAACUACCACUAAACCCAAUGACAUAACCAUCACCAACAUACCCACUACUACAGCCGGUAAUUCCUCUUUACUUUCACCCACUGCUACACAGACCCGUCUAACACCCGUCUCUGCAGGUCUUAAUACGGCAACGGUUAAUUUACAACCCCUGGACGAUGAUGAUGACAAUUGGCUGCGCGAACUAGAUGCCCACAGCGAUGUCUUUGAUACCUCGAAAACGGUAGUGCCCGGCUUAAUGGGCAUGCCACCUUUAGCCAGUUCUCUAACCACAGCUGUGCCACUACCCUCUCGAGCCCCUCUAGCUGCCCGAGAGUCAUCCGAUACGCCACCCAAUCAUAUUUACGAAACAGUUUCAUGUUCCGCCAACCCUAUGCCAGCGGACAUGGCCGAACUCUCAAGUAUUAGCAAUAAUGCGACCAACAAUGCCGAUACCAACACAAAUAAUUUAGCCAAUAGUUCUAGUCUAUCCGAUAUAUUUCAAACGGCUGCCGCGGAGUCAGCACAAAACUCUAAACUGGAUAUUAAAUCGGAACCAGUUGCCGUACCCGCAGCUGCUACCGGUGAUCCCGUCAUGUUGCCCCGUGACACCGAUCCCUUUUCGCCGACUCGCAAGAAAAGUGAUCCCUUCGAAGAGGGCGGUGAUCUAUUUUCGAAAUUGGAUCCCUUUGAAUUUGAAUUUACCAACAGUGGCAUUGGUGAGGUGGACAUUACUCGGAAAGCUGCCACUUCUUUAUCGCCCUCAACGGUCGACCAACUGACUGGUAGUGGUGCGCAGGUUUCCCAAGAUCUGUUGGCCGGCCAUUUGCAAGUGAAUUUACCACCUGAAGGUGACUCAGCGCAACCCAUUAGUACGGUGCGAUCACGUCCGGUACCCUCGGCCAUGAGUGCUGUAACAAGUGGUGUUGGCAUAGCGCCUGCCUCAGGAGCCACACUACCUCCUACUUCGAUGUUGAAACAGCAGACAGUCGAUGUGAUUUCCAGCAUAUCGAAUAAGAAAAUGCCUCAUCUUUUUGGCCAAUCGUCAAGAUUUUCCAAACGCGAUUCGAAUUCCAUAAACAUGAGACGCCUGCAGGAGUCGGAUUCUCUUAGUGAAACAGAAACCGCUCCAGAACCUCCACCCCGACCAGAUUACGCUAUAUGCGUUGAACCUCCACCCUUACCACCUAAAAAGCAAUUCAAUGAUUUUGUCAUAAGAUCACGCAACGGACCCAGUCACAGCUUGAGUUCAACGGUAAAUCAAUCAAUGGCCGGCAACCGUUACGAUAGUCUUAACUCAGUGCUGGCCUCUAAAAGCCAAACUGGACGUUCUGCCAACACAGAUGUGCCUCCUAUACCGUUGCCUUCACGCCGAGUGGGACGUACCGAUGGCUCUUAUCCCGGGCCGGGAAGGCCACGCAAGCCCGGUCAUACCGAAGAUGAUUAUUUGGCACCCAUAUCUCUAAUCGGCUCCGGCACAGGUAGCUCCAUUACAAAUGCCAGUAUAAUGUCAGAUGUGCCUCCUCUGUUGCCGCCUCCCACACAAACAUCCUCCAGGGCUCGGACUCAACGUCAACAAUCGCUUAAUCAGCAAAGUAAGGCGCACGAUAUAUAUGAAAACAAAAGUGAAAUACUGCAACAGAUCCAACAGCAGCAACAACAACAACAGCAGCAGCAGAAACAAACAAUAUUAGAACAUCACAGUCCCGCUCCAGGGGCCAUACAUACCCUCACACAACUCCUAACUCUGGGCAUCGAUGAAUUGGCUGUUAAAUUAAAUGUGCCUACGAGCAAACUCUCGACAAUGACUCUGGUUGAAUUGACCUCGUAUCUGUCGGAAUUCUUGGAACAAAAUAAACCCACUAAAGUAGAAUACAAAGUGGAAACCUCUCAAGAGAAUACCCAACAACACUCAGCGCCUAUAUUUAAGGUGAACUUUGAUCAAGAGGCCACAUUUGUAGCGAAAUUUGAUGAUACAUUCGGAGAAGAUUUUCAUCAACACUCUUCGGCAGGAACUUCAACCAGCUUUGAAGCGAAUUUUGCCCAAUUUGAUACAGUCAGUGUGGAGCCGCCCGGGCAGGAUAAUACUCAAAAUGCCAACUUGGUGCCAUCAGCAGAUCGUUAUGCUGUUUUCCGUGAAAUUAUCGAUCAAGAAUUGCAACAGCAACAGGAAAGUGUUGAUCUAAUAGGAGAUGUUAUGGAAACGGAAAUUCCUCACGCCACGGAUGAAGAACCAUUUGAGGCUACCACUAUAACCGACUUAGACAUGAAUGUAACGCAUCAAACUGAUCUUUUAAGUGGCGAUAUGAUGGAGGUGCCUGGACCCCAGCCGCCCAAAAUAGACACCAAAAUCUCCGAGGUAUUGGCCCAGGCUAAAGAUCGCUAUGCGGCUUUGCGUGACUUGAUAUUGGUGGAAAAUCUGUUUGACAAACCAGCACCCAAACCGCCUUCUAUUACCACCGAUAUGGAAACGUUGGGACAUAACGAUAACAAAUCACCCUUCCAAGGUUUUAGUGGUUUUAAUGAUGACGAAGAAGAUCAGGACUUGAGACAACUAAUGGAUCAAGCCUCAACUUUGGAUGCGGUCACUCAACAGCAAAGAUUGGGCCUAGUAGACAGUCGUGGCUUUCUAGUGGAACCCUCCUCAUCAGCCAUAACUGUGGAGGAAGAUGAAGACGAGGAGGAGGAAGAAGAGCGCCGGAAUAAUGGACGUGAAGACACUGGUGGCUUAAGCAGUGCCGAUAGCAAUGAAAAGGAACAAGACAAAGACACCAUGCCAACAACACAAUACGAACAAUUAGCCAGCUCCAAUCAACAAUUGGAGGAGAUUGAGGAAAAACCCGAGAUCUUUAAUGAUAAUCCCCAAAUUAGUAUCACUCAAAGUCAAAUGCCCACCAACAGCGACAGUAAAUAUUUAUCGGUGGUUAGUGUGGCUUCUUCGGGCCUAUCGGGUUCCAAAGAUGACUUGGAAAUCGACGAUUUAAUGCAUAGAGCCAUUUCCAACUUGUCUCUAGAUUCUAGAGAACGUAAUUCACCAGCCAUAGCGCCCCAGCAACAAAACACCCACUCAACUACUACCACCAUGACGCCACCGCAUUUCAAUGAUGUCAGCACAUCACCCAUACCCCUGCAAAGGUCGCCGUUACCUUCUCUAACUAGCCAACAAAAUAAGUCGCCCAACAACAAAUCACCCCAACAAGUAUCGCCACUACCCUCUCAACUCACAGUGGUUUCGCAAAUAAUCGAUGCUGCUACCAAACAAAUACAAAGCGAUGCUAUAUCAAAGACUUCUAACGAUUCCUGGGCCACUUUUGAUACACCGCAACACCAACCGGUCAUAGCAUCCGAUAAACGGGCCAGACCUGCGGCUAAACUUGUGGCAAAAGCCAACAAUUUCCUUAAUUUACCACCACCUCCCGGCUCCAUUUCGAAUUGUUCUCAAAAUGAUAGUGCCAUAGAGUCGCCUUGCUCUUCGGAUCCACGAGAAGAAGCUUGGCACAAACACACCAUGGGUGGUAGUAGUUUAUCGCUGGGACAUCAAGCAGCUCCCUUAGGUGGUAGCACUUCAGCGCAACGACGUUAUCACAAAAAAGAACGACAAAAUACUUCCUCCUCAUCGCGGGAUCUAAGCUGGGAUGAAGAUCAAGGUAGUAUACCGCCAACUCAUGUUCUGGACUAUCCGCCGCCAAGUAAACGUUUGUCUGGGCAAUUACAAGGUAGUCUAACGACUGACCGUCAUGGUUACUAUCGACGUCAUGCCAGACGCAUGAAUUCCUGUGAUGAUGAAUAUGAUUAUGAACAAGACUAUACCACUAGCCGCAGAGACAGGGAGCAGUGUAAAUAUAAGCAUAGUUUGAGCAGAAGUAGGGAUAAUUUUGAAAUGGAUUCUCCUGGCUGGUAUCACCAUCAUGGUCCCCAACAUCCACAUCACACUUGGUCCUCCCAAGAUAUCGAACAGGCCCGGGGACGCAACUUUGAGCGCUCAGCCUAUGAAAGAACCACUUACGGACCUCCUAUUUACGAUAAAAGAGGUGUGGGUCCUCCUCUACCACCCACUUCCAGUUACGAUAGACGUUCGGCUGGUGGAGGUGUCUAUGACAAACGUGGUAAAUACUAUCGUGGAGAUUCCAAUCCUCGCUCUGCCGAACGCAUUUACAAUCUGGACGAUUUCGAUGAAAUGUUGGCUGCUUCGGGAAAAAUUCCCGCACAUCUGGCCUCCAUGUACGAAGAAAUGAAGGCCGAAUGUUGUUCGCCUCCAUUGCCAACACAUCGUCAACAACGUACGUCCGACUACAUGUAUGAACGUGAUCGCAAAUCUUUCGAUCGUGAAAGUCUUGAAUCGUACGAAGGCUCCAAUGUGGUACAACGGCGACGUAGACGUAGCUAUGAUAGUGGCGGCAUACCCUCGGAUCCUUAUGGCAGUUGUGAUAGUCGUGAUGAAUACCAUGGUCGUGAACGUUGUGUGAUGACGGCCGAUAAAAGUCGUUCGUUGCGCAAAUCGUUGAAAUCCUUACGUGUUACGGGUGAUAUUGAUUAUGAUCAAGAUUCAGAAAAGGAAUAUCAUUAUCGUGAUCAAAGAUCACGUUGUGAUACUAGAAGUUUGCAGAGACCUAGUCAAUUAACUACUCAGGGCGUUGGAGGGGUUGUUGUAGGAGCUGGCGGCAGUGUGUUGGGUUCCCAGAGUCGCAUUCGCAAGAGUAGUGGUUCAAGUCCCUGGGACGGGGAAGAACCUCCUUUGCCGGGACAAAAAACUACUCCGUCCUCUUGGAAACGCCCUUCCAGCGCAGCCGAGGCUGAACGACGAAGAGCUGCUGUUAAAGGACAAACACCUUCCGGCUCGGAUGAAGAUAAAGAUCGCAGAUACCGCAAGAAGAGGACUACACGCAAUAAGGAUUUACCAGGCAUUCCUAGCAAUGCUGGUCGAUAUGGCCGCAGUGGCAAUUAUGAUUAUAUCUCAUGUGAAGAUCUGGAUGACGAUGCCGAGGAUUAUGUGGACGAAGAAGAAGAAGAGGAAGAAGAUCGUGGCAUUGAACAUGAUGAAAUUUCACCAGCGGAUGAGGACAAAUUUGCUCGUCUUGAAAUGCGUCGCCAUGAAAUGCACAAUCGCAUGAUGGAUGCCCAUGUUAGAAGGAGAAAAGAGGUGCCACCACCAGCACAACCGCAAGUAAGUUCGAUGGCAUACCGUAAGGGUGGUAAGGGCGGCUACAUAAGAAGGCCUUUACCCCCACCUACCGAACCCAAACAUCCCCAGGACUAUGGCUUCGACGAUGAUGAUGGAGAUGAUGGUGAAUAUGAACAGACACCCACGCCCAGAUCGAAUACAAGUAGUGCUUUACCCACAGCCACACCAAAUGCUAGUACCAAAUUUAGUUUUGAUGUAGGUUUCGAAUCUGACUUUAAUCAAUCCUCACCGCCCCCGGCACCCGCUGGUACAGCCUCCAGUUGCAAUUCUACACCAGCAGCCAAUGUCAGUGCCGCCAAUACACCGGCUUCCAAGUCUUCAUUUAGAUUUUCCAAUGACUUUUCAGCUGGCCAGGACCGGGAAAAACAUUUCCAACAUCCCCCGGCGGGUUCCUUGCAGCAAUAUGAUUUAGAAAACCGAGGCAUAUCGCCGCAAACCUCUCAGACCCAGACCAGUACACCAAAGCUACGUUUCGAUGACAAUGUCAAGGUGUCACAAUUCGAUGAUGCAUUUGAGGAUGACUUCUCCAAGGCCACAUUUGAUGCCUUCCAAAAUGAUGAUGUGCAGUGGCAAGAGUCCAUACAGAAAACAACCAAACAACAAAUACGCAAUAAUAAAUUGCAACAACGCCAGCAGGAUUUGAUUAAGAAAUCCGAGUCGGUAAAUAUAUUUGCCAAAAAAGUCGAAGAUCCCUUUGAAGAUGAUGAGUUCUUUAAUAGUCCUCCUUCUACCAUACAACUCACGGCCAACACAGCAGCAGCAGCAGCUGCAAACGAUAAAACCGAAAAUCAUAAAACAAACGGUAAUGGUGGAUCGGGCGGUAGUAAUAAUGGUGGUGGUGGUGGUAACGCGGGCAGUACAGCAGGUUGGGAUGAUGACAAUACAAAUUUCGCCAAAUUUGAUGAAAACAUGUGA